AUGAGACACCACUGCAAGAAGUGCAACAAAGUUUUCUCAUCAUUGGAAGCUUUUUUCAAGCACACCUCGUACCAUGAUGGGUCAUCAAGAGGUGUACCAUGUGGCAUUGCUGGCAGUGAGGCUGCCUUCAAAAACUACAGCUCCAUGCGAAGCCAUAUAACAAGACUUACAGGGGUGCGACUUGAUGAAAAAUUAAGUAACGUGCCAAGUGAUGUUGCGCUGCUGCUGACUUCAUUCUUUCGGUCAAACACUGGAAAUGACGCUCUUCUAGAUGAAUGGAUAUUGAAGAUAAGUCAAGCAGAAAUGAGCCUCGGAAAGAGUGAUGCUGGAACAGUAGUACUAAUACCCCUAAUAGUCACUUAUUUCAAGGAUGACCUCAGUCAAAUUACACAAGUGCAUGAGGCAUCUACUGAUAUCACAGCCGAUUUCCUUGACAACCUUCCGGUUUGUACGCUUAUAGUUGCGCUCGGUAAGCUUUUUAAA